CACCGUUGGAAACAUUUCGGGGAAGAGAGACUGCUCAAACUGAAGAAUGAACGCAUCCCCAAAAUCGACCACGGGCUCACAACAUCGUCAGUGGGCGUGGUGAUGUCAUUACGCGCUUCUAUCAUUCUCCUCUACUUACCUUACUUGGUCUUGAGCCUAACAGUACUGUUCGGUGCAGAGGUAGGUACCAGCAUGGCAGUCAUGCGAAGGAUCGAUUCUCGCACUGCUAUACAUAUAUUGAAAUUAACAAAUGUUGUCCAUAUCGGUUGUCUGAAGUGGAACAUUCCCCAGUGGUCUCGCUGGUGGGGGACUCGGAAGCUUUAAGCGGGAGAUCGACCACCAGGCACGGAACCCGACCGUUUGGCUUCUGUGAACCCGUUCAAGUGAUCAUGUUCAUGCAGGUACGCUUGAUCGGAUCCUGCGCAUCUUCACAUAUCGCCUCUCUCCUCCAAUUUGGGGUGUGAUCAACCGACAAGGUGUCGGAGAUUUCAUUUGGGUAUGAACGUUUUUUGCACGCGGUACGUAUCGGCUUGUUGCAAAAAAUAAAAUGGCUUUGACACGAACUUCAAUUUGACCAAGGAAUUAAUACCAACCAACAUGGAAGCAAGAGAAACAAAGGAAGAAACCAAGCACAC